AUGGCGGGGCAAAAUCCAGGUUCGCCGACUGACUUUCAAUAUUUUUACGAGGAUGAAGUGUAUAAAAUCAACAAUCGCGGUCAAGUAGUCUUCGGUCUGGUACUCGAGAAUUAUGAAGCCAACUCCAGCGAUCAAGAGAGCGACAUUGAAACACCUAUACAAAAAGGCGAAAUUCGUGUUGUCUGGCAUCCUUCCGGCACGGAGCGGGUCAUAUCCGAGAAGUCGGUUGGAUUAGCAGACCGCUCAUUGAUGCCUGGAGAUGUUGUUCGUCGUCUAAUAGCUGGCAAAGAUACCCAAAGAGGCUACUGCAGGGAUAUUAUAAUGACUGCAGCACUGCAAAUAGUUGGCACUAAACAUGUUAUACCAAGUGUCGCUAGUGAGAGACUGCAGCCACUUGAAGAAUUCACUCCUGAUUUAGCAGUUUGCCUUGAUUCCUGGGUUGGAACUUCUAAGGCUGUGAACAGCAAACUUCGUCUGCUAUCUGCUGAUGGAUCACGUCUCGAAUACCCAGACCUCGACACCUGUCCCCUCGAAGACUACUCUAUGCGUCGUCGACGUUCCACUCCGUAUUCUUCCUCUGAAUUUUACCCCGGGCAAGUCGUUUACGGUCCCCUGGGGUCUCUGGAUAACGCCAACUGGUUGCAAAUUACCAAGGAAAUGAAAGCUGCUAGGAAACAUAAGAUGCAUGACCACAAGUUCACUGUGGAAGCGGUGCUAACAGAAAGUGUUAGUGUUCACUGGCAGUGCAGAGCGCUGUGUACUCAUCCCUCGGACUCCAACGGACCUCACCAACCCAAGUACCUAGUUGAAGGUGAAGAUCUAAAGAACCUCAAGUUGCUGAAUGUGUUUGAACCGUGCACACUGCAGGUCGGUGAUAGAAACUUCCUCACUAUUGGUCCCGAAGACUCCUUCAUCAGUAAGAAGCAAUGGAGAAAACAACAAAGUAAAUACUACAGGAAUCUCCGCAAACAGAGCAGGCCAGUAAAGAAACCUUCCAAGACCGAUACUAACUCUACAGACCACGUACCGUCAAGACCUAAAAAACGCGCUUCCUCACACCGGAAACUCAAACCUGUGGACAACGAGAUGGAAAUAGACGAGAGAACUGAUGAGAAUUUAGAACGUUUAGUAGACGAGGCUCUGAAGCGAGACACCGUGAAGUGCCCCAGUAUUAAAAUCGAACCAAUAGGAGACGCCACUACGUUUAAUGCUAGCAGCCAGGACGACACCGUCACUGAAGAGAAAAAUGACUCUGGAAUCAGUCCGGAACCAACACGUGAGGACGGCUGUCUACUGAACGGUGACAGCAAGUCUGACAUCGCGCUCAACGACGACGACUCUGACAACUGGGAGAACACCAGCAGCGAUGGCAGUGAUACUGACAGCGGCGCGACAUGGUCCUCCCGCUGCUCGUCGGCGGCGUCGGGGCGCGGCAAGCGCUCGCCGCAGCUGGCGGUGCGGCUGCUGCGCGGCAAGCGCCUCAAGCGCACCGUGCGCCGCGCGCCGCCCGCGCCGCCCCCGCGCCGCGGCGACCGCGUCGUCGUCGAGACGCUGCACACCACCAGCCGCGCCAACGUCGUGUGGCAGGACGGUACAAUAGAAAUGGGCAUUCCAUCGAUACAGUUGUACCCAAUCCAUCAUCUGGAUGGACAGGAGUGCUUCCCUGGGGAUUUUGUAGUUAGUGGCGCCGCCAAUAUAGAAGAAAAUCAUCAGUUGAAACAUAGAGAAUACGGAGUAGUACAAAGGGUAGAUCACCACGGUCGGACGGCCAUCGUUCAUUGGUACCGCACCUAUACGAGCGCUGAAAAACCUGUCCCACAAAUGUUGCAUGAGAGUGAGGUGAGCGUGUACGACCUAAAAGACCACCCGGACUUUCAGUAUCGACCAGGCACUGUCGUCAUCAGGGUUGCCAACUUCACGGGUGAAGACGCCAAGUGCACUGCAGGACAGGUGAUAGACAAUUUCCCGUCGGGCCGGGUCAAGGUGUGGUGGGUUGACGGACACACGAGUAUGUGUUGGCCACAGGAUCUCUACAAGGUUGGUGAAUACGACAGUGAAGAAGGUGAACUCUGGGGCUCAGAUGGGUCAGGAUCGGAAGACUCGUGGGAGACUCAGAGUUCAGCGCACGACCCUGAGCCGAAGACACCUGAUCAGCCUCAAACGCCUACGCCUCCCGAACUUGUCGCUGCCAACAACGCUGAUAAUCCAGUGAUAUCGGCGGCGGUGAUGCUGACCAGUAGCGAGAUCAACGCGGGCGAGUGCGUGCUGACGAGCGCGGCGGGCGCGGCCGUGCCCAAGCUGCUGGAGCCGCGGGUGGCCGCGCACAUCGAGCGCGGCCGCGUGGCCAUGCGCCGCCUCGAGGAGAUGUUCGCUAAACAACCCUCACUGCAAAAUCAGGAUGUUAUGAGGAAACUACUAAAUUUGUACAAAGACUGUCGAUUUUUAGAUCGGCUAAUGGGCACUACCUUUUUCCAUGAAGAUCAUUUUCUGGGCCUGCUGGAGCGCGUGCGCGAGCGCGGGGCGAGCACGCCGCGCGCGGGCGAGCGCCGCGUGCACGAGCAGCUGGCGCGCCUGUUCGCGCCCAGCGACCCCGCCUCCACCGCGCCCGCCGACUGCAUGCUCGUGGACGACGACCACGACACGCCCAAACCGCUCGUCGCCGCACACGCCAGCGUCGUACCCAUGGAGGUGGAAUCGACGAGUAGUAAGAAACAAUUACAUUUAAACAUAGAACCGGUACAAGCCUCUGGAUCUGAAACAAGUGUUAUACAAGACAAUACUAGUAAAUUUGAGUUAGCAAUCAAUGAAAAUCCGUCCGGUGAAACGAGCGACGGAGAAGGCAACAGUCGUAACGUGUGCUACAAACUAUGCAAUCUAAUACACGCUCAACUUGUCAAGGCACACGCGGAAGUUAGCCGGAGAAGGCCUCAAGAGUUGGCCGAUUUCUUAAACACCUUAAUGAUGAAAAGAAACGCGACAGAGGAGAAGUUACUCUACCACUUUUCAGUUCAGUAUGGUGCACUCGUUGUCAGUAUGGCUGACCAAGAUGACAAGGCUGAAGAAAAACCAGUUGAAGGCAGUGAAGUCAAGGACGCAACUACAGCCACAACCAAAAGCGAUGGAGCCGCUGCCGCUGAAACAGCACCUCUUGCAACGGCUGAAGGUACCGACGAACCAGAGACAAUAGAAACUCCUCCAGCUUCGCCCAGCGACGCUUGCGGGGGUGAAGGCUUCUGUAUCCUGGAGAAUGCGCCCGCUUCACAUCGGUUCCGUUUAUCCAUGCAGCAGCCUUCGGAGCCUAGGACCUUCUACUCCGCGGUUAAAAGGGAGAUCAAAUUACUCAAGAGCGAUUUGCCCCCCGGUGUGUGGGUUCGUGGCUACGAGGACCGCAUCGACCUACUUUCCGUAAUGAUCGCAGGGCCCACCAAGACUCCUUACGAAGGCGGUCUGUUUGUGUUCGAUGUGCAGUUGGGCGGCGAGUACCCACGAGCUCCCCCGCUUUGCCACUACCACUCGUAUUGCACUGACAGGCUCAACCCUAACUUGUACGAGGACGGCAAGGUUUGCGUGUCACUGCUGGGGACGUGGUCGGGGCGCGGCGUGGAGGUGUGGGGCAAGGACAGUUCACUACUUCAAGUGAUCGUGUCCCUACAGGGGCUUAUCCUCAACGCUGAACCUUACUUUAAUGAAGCAGGCUAUGAAAAACAAAAAGGUACUCAGCAGGGCAAGGAAAACUCGCGCAUGUACAACGAGAUGGUGCUGCUGAAGCUGGUGCAGUCGAUGAGCAAGAUGCUGCUGAACCCGCCGGAGCCGUUCCGCGCGGAGAUCAUGGCGCACCUGCGGGGCUCGGCGGCGGCGCUGUGCGCGCGCCUGGAGGCGCUGGUGGCGCCGGGCGCGGGGGCGGGGGCGGGGGCGGGCGCGGGCCCCGAGUUCCCGCUCGUGCCCGCGUCGCGCGGCUUCUGCCUCACGCUGCGCUCGUCGCUGGACGCGUUCCGCGCGGCGCUGCGGCGCCACGACAUCGACGUGCCGCCGUCCGCCUUAUAG